AUGGACGAUACUACUCGUUUAACAAAUGAUCAAUCAAUAAAAUUAUUUAUUCAACGUGAUUAUUCUGAGGGCACUGCUGUAAAAUUUCAAGAACGUUUUCCUACUGAACUUGAAGGAAGAAUUGAUCGUAAUGAAUUUACUGGAAUAAUAAGUGAGAUAAAUGCAAUUUUUGCAGAUGCCGAAGCUUUAUCAUGUAAAACAUUCAUGGAAAAUUGUUGUGCUUGUUUAACAGGUUAUUUACUUUUACUUUGUAUGCCUACACAUUAUGAAAAGUGUGUUAAACGUGCUGCUAAGUAUAUUGCAGAAAAAAAUGAAAAUGUUCUUAAUCAUCGUGGCAUUUUUAUGGUUGAUCCAAUGGAAAAAGGACUUCGAUGCAUUGAAGUAUGCAUUGCCAAUACUCGUCGAUAA